AUGAGAGUUUCGAUAUUGCCUGAAUGUCCUUCAAUUUUUCUUGGACAAGAAUUUAUGGUACAGAUAUCUAUAGCCGAAGCUCCCACACAAAUUAAAUGGAUUUCUGCUCAAAUAACGGGAAAAGUACAGACAUUAAAGCCAUCAGUAGAACCAGCACUAUUAUCACUUGUUCAUCGAGCUCUUGGAGCUCCCCAACAAGCACCUUUCUUCGGUCAUGUCAUGAGUGGUUCAAGAUUAAUAGAUUCGGAUAUUAAAACACCAAAAACUUAUUGUUUAUCUAUCAAAGCGGAUGGAAUUCCACCUUCUUAUGAUGGAGAAGCAGUUAGUAUUUCAUACGAACUACGAAUUGUUUCACAAAUCGGCCAACAGAUUUCUCAACCGACGAUUAUCCCAAUAAAAUUCAUUUCUCCAUAUAAAUCAAAUUGCAUUCUCCAAAACACACAAAAUACUGCUACAUUUACACUUACAUCUAUUGAAUCAGCUUCAAUUCCUUCUCCUAUUGCCUUAUUAUCUCCUUUUCCACCAGUACAAGAAAAGUCACUUGAUAUAUUUAGUAUAAAACAAGGAGAUUCGAUAGUAGCAUCAUUAAAACUCAAACUUUCAGCGAGAUCUGGAGGAGAUUUUUCCGGAAUUAUUGAUAUGAAGGAAUCUACAUCCGGAGUUACAUCUGUAAACAUUCGCAUCAUAAGAGUCGAGAAAUUUUCAAAUGACGUAACAGAUCAAACAAUUAUUGUUAAUGAAAACUUACCACUGGACAAAAUCAUAAUGAGAAGAUUCUCCCUUCCUAUGCCUUUCAAUACUCCUGCUGAAUUUGUUACAGAUCUCUUUGAAUGCUCUUAUUCAGCUGAAUUUAAUUUUAUUGGUCCUGCUGGAGCCUGGAAAUGGGUUGCUCCACUUCAAGUAUUACCUCCAUUGUUAUCCUUAUCAAUGCCAAGACAAGCAAUUGAACAAAUUAGCCUAUAA